AUGGAUGAUGUCAUCUUCACUGAAAAGGAUUUAGCAGAUGAAAAGACAACAUCAAAUGAAAAGGAAUUAGUCGAUGAGGUGUCGUCGGAGCUUGAUCGACCUAUAGAGGAGGAAAUCACAAAAAAGGAUGAAUAUUUAUCCCAUGACAGUAUAGAUGAUCCAAAUGACACUACAACUAAAGAAGAAAAGUGCUUUCAAGAUGCAACAACAAGGGAUAUUGAACCUGUUGUAGAACAGAAUGAUGGUCUGGAUGAAGCAUCAAAGGAAAAGUCUAAGGAUUCAAAUGAAACAACAGAAGUCGGACCUCAAGAAGAUAUUGUACCCUCAAGUUUAUUAGUAACUUCAACAGAAGAAACCCCUAAAACUUUGCGAAUAGAUGUUGUGACCAAAGUCCUGUUUUGCAUUCUAGCAAUGCCUUUCUUUGCAACCUAGUCAUAUCCUCGGGCUCUCACUAAUCUUGGAUUCUAAAAAUGAUUGGUACCCAAAAUCAGGUCUUUGCCACCAUUGGCCAAAAAUUAUGUUCUCCAGUUGUUGUACAUAGAUGUGCUUGUGUCAGCCAGUUCAUUGCAAGAAUGGGUUCUUGUUGAUGGUGCUUCAAAGCAUAAAGUUACUGUUGAUAGACUCAUUCAAUUGAGAGUAUUUACUAAAACUGUUGAUAGUGAGUCUGAAAUCGACGUAUUUUAGGAAGUCGAUAAAAAAAGGCAGGAAGAAGAGCUGGUGGUAUUAGAACAAGGGGGCCAAGUGGUUAACUCAUACCUCCCCUUCCUUCUAGAAUUGAAACAGAAGAUGAAAUAAAAUCGUUCUGUGAAGCUAUGAAGGCAUUUGAAGUCCCAAAGCCAGUUGUUAUACCUGGAUAUGGAGGUAAAAGAAAGAGUGAGCUUGGGAACUUGAAAACACAUAAUUAUGGAAGAGGAAAGCGAGCAAGGGAGGUUUGUUUGUUUUCCGACAGAAGAUGAAUUUGAGAAAAUGUGCCAAGUCGAAGCAUCAGAGUCACCAAACACUACCAAGGAAGAAGGGGACUUGGCUGGUGGACAGCAGCCCAGUACACCAGGUGGCAAACCAAUGAUAUGGAGGAUUUUUUUUACAUGAUAUCUGAAACAAGAAGGUGCCCCUUAAUAGCAAUGUAGUAUUAAUUAGGUUAUAUAGUUAGUGAAAACCUUUUAAUAACAAUGUACAAUCAGAUCCCCUUAAUAUCAAUGU